AUGACUCAAAGGCGACAACGGAAUAAUUGCUACUGUAGGAGGAUCACACAUGAAGAGGUGAGGAUGGCACUUAGGAAGAUGGGAAGAGGCAAGGCAGUGGGUCUGGAUAACAUACUGAUUGAGGUGUGGAAGUGUUUGGGGGAAGAAGGAGUCCGAUGGUUAACAUUUUUGUUCAAUCUUAUCUUCAAGACUGGAAAAAUGCCAGAUCAAUGGAGGAGUAGUGUCGUGGUGCCUUUAUACAAGAAUAAAGGAGACGUCCAGUGUUGUGGGAGCUACAGAGGAAUCAAACUGCUAAGUCACACUAUAAAGCUCUGGGAGAGGAUAAUUGAAACUAGAAUUAGAAGAGAAACUCAGGUUUCAAUAAAUCAAUUUGGAUUCAUGAAAGGGGGGUCUACUACAGAAGCGAUACAUAUUCUAAGAAGGUUGAUGGAAAAAUAUAGAGCGAGGAAUGGUCUAGCUGAUGACGAUAACACCCAAAUCACCAUUGAGGAUCAAUUAGUCCCGCAGGCUGGCUGGUGUAGAUGGAGGGCAUCCAGAGGGGUAUUGUGCGAUAGGAGGUUCCCAUCUAAACUAAAGGGAAAUUUUUACAGGGUAGCAAUUAGGCCUGCUAUGCUAUAUGGAACAGACUGUUGGGCUAUCAAGAAGAGACAAGCGCGCAAAAUGGAGGUGGCAGAGAUGAGGAUGCUGGGGUGGAUGUGUGGAAACACAAGGUUAGAUCGAAUAAGAAAUGUAGUUUUUAUGGAAAGAUUAGGAGUGGCUAGUAUAUCGCAUAAGAUUAAGGUGGGGAGAUUGAGAUGGUUUGGACAUGUGAAGCGGAGGGAAACGACGGCACCAGUUAGAGUAGUGGAAAAUCUCACUGUGGAGGGGAAGAGAGGAAGAGGUAGACCCAAACUGGCCUGGGAUGAGCAAAUUAGGCAUGACUUAUUAGAGUUGCAUCUUUAUGAGGACAUGGUCCAAUAG